GUAGCGGGCGGCCGGCUUGGCGUUGCUGCCGCCAUUAACCCCUGCGCGCCCGGCGGCCUCGGGGGAGCGGAGCGGGGCCCCUGCGUGAGGAUGACCUCGGCUGCCGGUCCCGCCGCCUUGCCGCCCGGCUCCGCCGCCCGCGCCCUGCAUGUGGAGCUGCCUUCGCAGCAGCGCCGUCUUCGUCAUCUUCGGAAUAUUGCUGCACGUAACAUUAUUAAUAAGAAUGGUCACCGUCUCUUGGAUACGUACUUCACUCUUCACUUGUGUGGUAAAACCAAGAUCUACAAAGAAUUUUAUAAGAGUGAGGUGAUCAAGAAUUCUCUGAAUCCAACAUGGAGGAGUCUGGACUUUGGGAUAAUGCCUGAUCAUCUUGAUACCUCUGUCUCUUGUUUUGUUGUGAGGAUCUGGGGUGGCAAGAAGGAACACUUUCAGCUUUUGAUUGAAUGGAAGGUCAAUUUAGAUGGGUUAAAGUACUUGGGCCAGCAGAUCCAUGCAAGAAACCCAAAUGAGAUUAUUUUUGGUCUCAAUGAUGGUUAUUAUGGAGCUUCAUUUGAACAGAAGGAUCACUCAGGUACCCUGAAGAACAGUCUUCUCCAGGUGGAUCAGAACUGUGUUCGUAACUCUUACGAUGUCUUCUCUUUGCUUAGGCUCCACAGAGCUCAGUGUGCAAUUAAACAGACUCAGGUAACUGUUCAGAAAAUAGGAAGGGAGAUUGAAGAAAAGCUGAGAUGUACAUCUACAAGGAAUGAACUGAAAAAGGAGAGUGAAUGUUUACAGUUGAAGAUCCUGGUGCUGCGUAAUGAACUGGAGCGACAGAAGAAGGCCCUUGGUCAAGAAGUAGCCUUGUUGCACAAGCAAAAAAGUACUUUGCUUGACAGAGAAAAUGCAUUUGGGACUGAAUACCAGAAACUUGAAGAGCAUAAUGAAUCUCUGUAUGAAUCAAGAAAGGAAUGCACUGCUAAGAGAGAACAGUUUUUGAAGAUAAAUGCCCAGCAGACUAUUCGAUGCAAGCAGCUGCUGUCGGAGCUAUCCUACAUCUACCCUAUUGAUUUGAACAACCAAAAGGAUUACUUUGUUUGUGGAGUCAAGCUUCCUAAUUCUGAAGACUUUCAAGCAAAAGAUGAUGGAAGCAUUGCUGUUGCCCUGGGCUAUACUGCUCACCUAAUUUCCAUGAUCUCCUUCUUCUUACAAGUGCCACUCAGGUAUCCCAUCAUUCACAAGGGCUCCCGGUCCACAAUCAAAGACAAUAUAAACGACAAGCUGACGGAAAAAGAGCGAGAAUUUCCUUUAUAUGCAAAAGGAGGGGAGAAGCUUCAAUUUGAAUAUGGAGUUUAUCUUCUCAACAAAAAUAUAGCACAGCUUAGAUACCAGCACGGGCUGAGUACUCCAGAUCUAAGGCAAACUCUUCCUAACCUGAAAAACUUCAUGGAGCUUGGACUGAUGGUUAGAUGCGAUCGACACCAUACUUCCAGUGCAAUUCCUGUUCCAAAGAGACAGACCUCUAGCUUUGGCAGAUUGGAUAUCGGUUUUUCCAGUGGGCUUCCUUCUCCAGAUAAAGGACUCCGAAAACGAGCCAACACAGGAAGCGAGAGACUACAGUACAAAACUCCUCCUCCUAGUUACAACUCUGCUUUAACACAGCCUGUUGCUGUCACAGCCUGUGUGGGAGAGCUGGAUAAAAAUCCUGGACCCAUAUGUUCUUCCUUGGACACCUGUAUGGACUCCUCCAAAAGAAAUACCAAAAAAGGCCAGGACUUGUGCAGUAGUUUAAAUGGAGAAAAUGGAAGCCUAAACAAUACCCAGGACAGGCAGGAACCUUUCCUAGGACGUUCUAGUGCAAUAAAUGGGGCGUUUCUGCCUGGGGAGUGCUCUGGCACCAUGAACAACAAGCAGCCCUGUGAGUUUCAGCCCCCGCUCAACCCCGUGCUCUGCUGCACCGUGGAGCAGGCAGAGGAGAUCAUGGGUAUGGAGGCAACAGGGUUCAGCACAGGAGAUCAGCUGGAAGACUUUACCUCCAUCCCAGUGGAACACGCUGUAGCGGUUGAGUGUGAUGAACAAGUGCUAGGGGAGUUUGAGGAGUUCUCCCGAAGGAUCUGUGCACUGAACGAGAACAUGUCCAGCUUCCGCAGACCUCGCAAGAGUUCGGACAAGUGAGCUCGCACGGAGAUUUGAUAGCAGACAUUGAGGUGAAAUCAGUGAUCUGGAAUAGAAAUAAAAUUGCACUUACUCUUUAUAUUAAUUAUGAAAAUAAAAAAGCUUAAAGUUGUUCCUAUGGUGUUAGACAAAUGGACUUGAGCACAAUAACACAGGAUCAUGGUGUAUUCACAGCCCAGGUAACUUCAUUCUGCUUUAAGUCCUUUUCUGUCUGGUAUUUAUAAUCUGUUGAAGGUUUUGUGGGGUUUUUUUUCUAGGGCAUUGGAAUCCAUUUAUAAAGGCUUUUCUGAAAACAACUUCUAGUGAUGAUCAGCCCCUUCUAUGAAUGUUUGUUAUGUUCUUAAUUAUUAUUUAGAGUUAAAUUUAUUUUAAUCUUUUCAGAAGAAAAACCCUUUAAUUUAAUAUAUUUUUAUGGUAAGAUGUCUUUACAUUCUCCCAUGUACUCCUGUGUUUGCUUGAGCAGUGUAGUCAGUAUUAGAGAAAUACCAUGAAUUUGGUACAACUGGACAACUUUAUUUUGGCUGUGCUCUGUAGCCUUUGAAGUUCUAGUUUGCACUGAGGAGUCUUCACUUGACAGUGUGAACUUGCCAGAGAAUGAGCACCUGUGUGAUUUUUUUGCAGUUUCCUUGCACCUGGUUAAUCAGAAAUUACAUUUGGGGGUUUUUCCACUUCUCUUUUCCUCCAAACUUGCUCUUCCUACCAGUGGAAACCUUGAGGAAUAAACCACCUCCAAGGUUCUGUGUAAUAAUCUCAGCCUGACCAUUCCCCACUUAGGCUGGGCACAGAUCUCAUUAGUGAGACUUAGUGAACCCAGUACCAACAUGGUGUUCAGCUGCCACCCUCCAAGGUGUGCAGUGGGGACAGUGUGCCCUGAGACACUUCAGACAUCUUCCAAAAAACCCAGACUGGGAAUGAAGCACUUUGGAAUUAGGUCAAUGUGUGAAAUUGCUCCAUCCUCUGUGAAAAGGAGGCACUUAACAUUAUUCAUCUGAAUUUUUAUUUUUUAACCAUCUAUACUUUGAGGGAAGAAACUUCCAGUGGUUUGCUGGAGGUGCAGAUUGCUGUUGGGUCGGUUACCACUGCCACAUGUGUUCAGCUGCACUAAUGAGAAAGCAAUUUGCAGCCUGCUUUGUGAUUCCUGGUAUGUAUUUCAGUUUGGAUUUCAUUGCUCUUGCUUUCUAUAUUGUAUACCCAAGAAUCUGAGCUCAGUUGUGAGCUCUGAAAUAUAAAAGUAUAUAGCAGAAUAAAAAUACUUUAUCUUGUCUGGCUUUUUUUUCUCUCCCUGGUUUAUGUUUUCUUUUGAACCCACAACCUAGUCUUUUCCUAACUUCACUGUAAGGCUAGCGGAAAUUAACUUUUAAAAAAUAUGGAUAUGUAUAACCUCAGCUUUCUGUUGUCAAAACAAGGUGUGUUUGUGAGAACCGGUAUACAUAAUAGCACUGUUCUAGAAUAUGCAUUUUUCCAGGUAAAGCCUUAAUGAUUGCAUUAAAACUAUAUUCACAUUUCUUCAGUUAGCUUUUAAUGGUUGUGUCCACAGUUGAGUGGUUGGAUAGAGCCUCUCUGCAGCAAUUUGCUGGCUUUGGUCUGUCCCAGGAUGAUGUGCUAGAUGGGAGCACUUGGAAACCUUGAUUUUGAGACACUGAACAUGAUUUCAUGUUCAGUACAAAGCUGGACACAUCUAUGAGUAUCUUCUCCCCCAGAUUAGCUCCUCUGUUCAAACCUCAUGAAGACUUCCCUGAAGGAAUUGCUGC